AUGGAUAUCGCUCAUCACGACGUCGGACAGGCCCCGCCCGUGGUGGCCAAGGGCAAGAUCUACGCGACGGAGGAGCUCUGGACCUGUCAUCAAGAGGUCAUCACCCGGCUGUACAAAGACGAGAACAGGGCGUUAAAGGAAGUAAGGCAGAUCAUGGAGACUGAGUACUUCUUCCACGCAAUGGAGAGAAUGUACAAGACACGGAUCAGGCGCUGGGACCUCGACAAAAAGUUCAAGGACGCUGAGAUACUCGCCAUGCUCAAGCUCAAGCGGGACCGCAACGCCGACGUCGACUGGGGCCGCGUGGUCCACUACCUCAAGCGCAGGCCCGAACUGCAAGACACACUGCGCCUGUCAGCCGCCGCUAGUUGCGAUAAGUCUGUCGUCCAAUGGGAUAGUGUCGUCCAAUAUCUCAGUCAGAGACCGGACCUGCGGGAGGACCUAGAGGCCGUCGCUCGUCUCGACGUCGUCUGCAGGACGCCCUCGCCCGUCCCGGAGCCGCUUGACCCGGAGCCUGGCCUCCGCUUCGCAGACGAGAUCCUGCGCAUUCUGGAAGGCUUCUUCGACGGCGUCUUCAAGGACGGCCUGUGGGCUGUCGUUGACGGGGCCCUUUGCACCCGCGGCCGGCGCGCCAGCCGCAAGCGCCUCGACAGGUGGUGCCGCAUUAUGAGCGGCGUCUACAACCUCCUGGAUCGCGGUGAGACUGAGGCCGCGACCGCGAUCCUCAAGAACGAGUAUAGCUUUAUCAAGUGGAUUGUCCAGACGUCGAACCCGGAGCUGUCGUAUUUCUUGCGCUACAACGUGCUCCAGCAGCCUCCGCACGUAUCCGACGUCCUCGUCCCAUAUGCCUGCGGUAUGUACGCCGCGGUGCUCGGGGAGCGACACCCCCUCACGCUGAUAUGGCGGCGCAUCAGAGCGGCCGGUACAGCAGAUCGUGUCGGUAUCCUGAGCUCCAUAGUCCAGUACACCUCGCGCUACUGGGAGACGAGGCUGGGCGCGCUUAACGUCACGAUGAACUGGAUCCACGGGCUGCAGGGUCAGCUGCUUGAGUUGCUCGGGGAGGCAGGAGGUAACGACUUCCAGCGCAUAGUAUCGAUGUACACGCGGGCCGCCGCGGAGUAUGCGGACGUGGGACGCCUCAAGGAUGAGUGUAAAUGCCUCUUGGCGCUGGUCGGGCUCCACAGCACGGCGAAGAGGUACGAUCUGGCCAUGCAGACGCUGGGGCGGGCUUACGAGGUCGUCGAGGUGCGGCGCAGCCACCCGGCCGCCGAGCAGCUCAUGCAGAUGUGGACGUACGGCAAGAUGGGCCAGCUGAGCUACAGCGUGAUGAGUGCCUGCAGGUAUAAGAAAGAUUACGCGCGGGAGCACACAUACGCCAUGAAGAGGUACGGGGAGAAUAGUAAAGAAGCGUUGUCGCACAUGCUGGAGGAUUUCGGUGCGCUGCCUUGUCGGCUAUGA